GUGGCACAUCUGCACAGCUGCUGUCAGGUGCUGUUACCUGCAUUAAUCAUCAGACUUGCUUUUCCUUGGAGAGAUCCUGGCAGGAGGAAAGUUCUCUGGAAAGGAGUUGGAUCUGGGAAUCUCAUCGCUGCUCUCUUUGUUCGGGCCCAGAGGUUCCUCUUCUGCUGCACUUCUAGAGUUAGUCCUGUUGCACCAGUGCUGUUCAGGAGAAGAUGAACUGACAGUAACUCUGCUGUGUCUCUCUUGUGACCACACCAAAACCCUGAAGGCUGGGGCUGAUCAUGCUGAGAUUUGGGCAGCACCUCAUCAAGCCCUCCGUGGUGUUCCUGAGGACGGAGCUGUGCUUUGCCCUGGUGAACCGCAGGCCGGUGGUGCCGGGACAUGUCCUUGUUUGUCCCCUGCGGCCGGUGGAGCGUUUCCGUGACCUGUGUCCCGAGGAAGUGGCCGAUUUGUUUCGUACGGCACAAAGGGUUGGAAAUGUGGUGGAGAAACAUUUCUGUGGCACCUCGCUCACCUUUUCCAUCCAGGAUGGCCCUGAAGCUGGACAAACAGUGAAGCAUGUUCAUGUCCAUGUGCUGCCAAGGAGGGCUGGAGACUUCAGCAGGAAUGAUGAUGUCUACGAGGAGUUGCAGCGACAUGACAAAGAUGAUUCCCCUGACAAGUGGAGAACAGAAGAAGAAAUGGCAGCUGAAGCAGAAAUUCUGAAGAAGUAUUUCCAGGAAAAUUAGAGGUAACAAAGUGUUUGGAACACAUCCCAUGACGCCAGGAAGUCCCCAGAAAGAACAACCUCAUUCUCCAGUUCUUAGUGGCCCUGGAGGUGCAGCUCAACAAUUUUAUUAUGUUCUACAAAUAUGGGAUUCUUCCAUGAAAAAUUUUAUUGGACCUUUGGAUAUCAUCAACGUUGAAUUCCAGCUAAGACAACUAAACAGCAGUGGUUCAAAAUAUUGCUCUGAAUUGUAACUCAUAUUUUUCUGAAUUGUGUACUUGGGAAUGAAUCUUUUUAAAUUGUCCCUUGGCCUAAAUCGAAAUAAAAUGCCAGGAAAAUCAGGUAGCUACUGCGUUUAGGUACAUAACAAAGUGUUUUCUCCAUGUUGUGCUCUUUGAUUCAGUUAUUGUAGGUAGGCUAUUUUAUCAUAGAAAAAUUAGAUCUUUUAGCACUGUGGCAAUUCAUACAAACCAAGAGUUUGUUACAGACUAGCCAAGAUAAACUUCAAAAGCUGUUUUUCCUUUGGAUGGGUCCUAUAACAGGAAAUAUUAAGCUUCCUGAGAUCUUUCUUUUCUCUCUUUCUUAAUGCAUUAUGACAAGACUUCUGGAGUUUUAAGUGAUACAAAACAUUUCUGCAAAACAAUUAAUAUGUGAAGUUGCUCAUGGGAUAGAAGUAAUCACAUUAGGGUUAGACUGGCAUGGAUGGCUGUUCCCAGCCACAAACAACGAGUGGGAGCCUCCCACAGGGAACAAUCUCAGCAAGAAAUGCUGUGUUCAGAACCCUGCACAGGAAGAAACCCACCAUGGGUUAGCUGUUGAUUGCUAACACAUAAUACAGGAAAAGAAGGCGAACAACAGAUGGAAGAGAAAAUAAAUGAGUCCGUAAGAUUUGUGUGAAAAGAGCACCCAUAAUCCUCCUCUGGAACUGCAGGGAAGCAAACAACCAAAGAUUUCUGUGUCCCCCAGUCUCAGGAUGAAAAACAAAAUGCCCCCAAGUCUUUCAAUAAGAGCCAUGCUGAGAGAGGCCAUAGGGUGCAGAGCCUACCCGAGGGCUUGAGGAGGUCACAGCCAGGUCCAAGCCAGAGCCUGGUGGAGCUUUGCCUGCCUGGCAGCACAGUGUGAUCAUGUUCAGAACAAAUUCAACUGCUCCAUGAUUGUCUGUCCUGGAGGGUUACAACCUGACCUGAGAAGUAUGAAAAUGCACUAUGGAUGAGCUCUCAUAAUUUUCACCAAGUCUCUCUCUGCUCUGUACUGCAGAGCCAUUCAGUCCAUUGGCUUGAAGUCUUUAUGCUUGUCAAAUUUAAAUAGAAAUACUGGAGCAAAAUCACUGAUGUUUGAUUCCAGUUUUUACUGUCGUGCUAUUUAAAUAUUGCUCCAGAAAACCAGUUUGAUUCAAAGACUUACCAUGACCCAGUGUGGCCCCCAAUAUCUUCCAUUAGCCCUUUUAAAAACUGUACAGAUUGUAACACUAUUUCUUUUUCUGUGCAGAGCAAAUGAAAAGUCCAUUUUGAUGGUGUCUGCACUUUUUAGACCCUGAGCAAGGGCUGAAUAAACAGGAAAUGAAGGUCAGGGAGCAAGAAGUGACAGAGAAGGUAAGGUGAGCAGACAGAAUGGUCAAAGAUACUGGCAAAUGGGCCAACAUAAAUGGUUGUCCUUUUGCUCUUUAGCAUUUCAAGUAGCUCUGAUUUCAGACAGAAGGAAGACAAUGGUUGUGCUGCUGGGGAACACUAAAAGAAAAACCUCAGCAUCAGUUACAUUUGCAAGGCAUUUUUAAACCUGGUGCUCAAUGGCUUCCUAUUUAUUAUGGAAUAUUCUGUAUUAAUUCUGUAGCCUGUGAUGAGCGGGCGCUGCGCCAACCAUUUUGCAUGGGGGCUGCAGAGCAGAUGAGUGCUGAGCUCCAUGGAAGAUUUCAUUUGUGUAAAUGAGGAGGCCGUUAUCACAGCACUAAAGGUCCUGUUUUUAAAAAAAGCCUCCUGUGACAUUAUGCACAAAACAACCUAUUUAUGCAGCAUGAAAAUAUUUAUGUGCUUCGCUCCAGCUUAAAAAGGGAAUUUGCAAUAGAUGAGGGACAUGAGAAAGGAUUGGAGUGAGAGAUAAGGAGCGAUUAGAAAAGGCAGAUCAUGAAGUACAUGACUUCCUGCAGCAGUAUAUGGAGUAAACCCUCACUGUUUUUUUAAGAUAUGGACCUUGAGGAUGGUGUCUGGAUCAUUUAUAUACUUCUUGCAGACCUAAUUUUCCACAGGCAGGGAGCUGUACACAGAGAUGCCAUUGCUGGAAAUGUGAGGAGAUGCUGUGCUCAAGACACUGAUGGCCUUUGGAACCAUCUUUGUCCUUUUCAACCUUCAUCUCUCACCCUCAUGGGAGUCAUACCUGGGGCUUGUCUUUGGGCUGGGGAAUGCUGCAGUGCUGAGCUCCCUCACCCAAAGCAGGAAACACAGGAAAUAUCACCUGUGCAGGGGCUCAGAUGGACAUGGCACAAGAGGAAUGGUCCCUGUGGAGUGCCUUCAUAACAGGACAGAGCUCAGACCUUUGUUCCAUGUCCUUACACAGAUGAAAAUUUCCCAGAUUUCUUCAAUUCCUACGUGUUUUUCCUGAAGCAGCAGUUCCUCCGAAGGGCUGCAAGGGCUGUGCCUGUGUGCCUCUUUUUCUAUGGGUAAAGCAGCUGUGGUUCAGCCACACUUCUCCUCACUGACUUGUAGGAGCAGGUUGGGAGCUCCACAUCUCCCCUGACUACCCUGGGACAGAAAUUGCAGAAGAGAUGUCUGAGAACAGAUGGGUUAUUGGGAGCACACAUUUGAUGGGGACACAUCAGCCCAUACAUCCGCUUCCUGCCAUGCCAGGCAGCUCAAGUGCUUUCAGCAAAGGCUGUGAGUGCAGCAUGAGGAUGUUUGUUAUUUGUCUUUCAGCAAUUCAGCAUUGUUCUUGCUCCAGAUGCAGAUGUACCAGCUCCAGGUUCUCCACAGGCCAGCUGAUGCCACCCCAGGCAGCUCAAAGUGGUUAUGUGCUGACAGGUCAAUGGGCUGGGGAUGGGCCGUGUCAGCUCCUUGAAGACUUUGUGUGUUAAUUCAGAAAUCUAGGCUUCUUCCAACCAACCCCCCAGCACACAUUCACCCACCCCUCAGGUAUCAGGCUCUCUUUUGAUUCUGUGCUCAAAUAAGCCAGUGUUUUGUUUUUAAUUCAUGUUGGAGAGAAGGGAAAAUGUUCUGUUGGUCUCUGUGGGAGCCUGACUGGGCUGCAGACUCAGGCCAAUGCCAAGACAGCGGGUUCUGGCUGCAGUGAGGGGAGGCAAAGUCAGCUCCUGGCAUGUGACAGUACCCUGAAGUGUGGCCAGGGACUGAGCACUCCUGAAAUAAAAAUACCUGAAUCCAUGUGGGAUCUGAGGUCAUCUCAUUCCCAGCCAUAAAGCAAUAAAAAUCUUAAUGCCCCAGUACCCACAGAGCUAAUGAAAAACUCUCAAGCCCAAAUACACACAUAGUGACAGCCAUGAAAGUACCAAAAUAAUUUCUAUGCCAGCUUUCUGUGUACUCCUAUCCACUCCCCACCUCUCACUGUCACUGUGGUCGAUGGCUGCUGAAAAGCCUUUUCCGAUUCCCGCAUCUGGUUCCUGACGUGCAGGCCAGCAGCUCUGUGAAGGAGAAAAUGCUGGUGCUCAUGUAAGCUGUCCUGUGUGUUGGCAGGCCCAUGAGUUUCAGAACAGAGUGAUAUAUUUCAGCUCUUGUGAAAUUUCUGAAUAAUCAGCUCAUCAAAAAAUAUCAUGCAGAGUUCCCUUGUAGUCCUUUCCAACUUGCCACCUCUCCUGCCAAUAGCUCCGUAGGGUGACCACAGCUUGGCAGGGCCCAUUAGCAGAGCUCUGCACAAUCAUUCAUGAGUAGA